AUGCUCGAGGAUGGUCUUCGUGUAUUGGUGCCGUACGAGUUGGUGGAUAUUGGUGCAAAUUUAACUCACCCGUCAUUUCAAGACGAUUUGCCCGAUGUGUUGCUGCGCGCUAAACAAGCGGGCCUAUCAAAAAUAAUGAUAACUGGUACGUCGGUAAAGCACAGUGAAGAGGCGCGUGAUUUGGCAGCACUGCAUAAGGGCUUUCUCUACUUUACCGCUGGUGUUCAUCCACAUGAUGCAAAGGAAUUCGAUGCGGAUACGUUGACUGCGCUGAGGCAGUUACAAGCGGAUCCAAACUGUGUGGCCGUUGGAGAGUGUGGUUUGGAUUUCAAUCGGAACUUUUCUCCACAGGACCAACAACUUGCAGUUUUUGAAGAACAGGUGAGGUUUUGA